AUGGAUGAGUCCUUGGGCCAAGCAUGGGAUAGAUUCAAGGGACUGUUGAGGAAAACUCCCAUUCAUGGGUUUGAUCAACCUACACAGCUCACUCUUUUCUUGGCAGGACUUAAAUCCCAGUCAAAGCUGAUGUUAGAUGCCUCUGCCGGUGGGAGUAUCAAGUGGAAGACGCCAGAGGAAGCUUAUGAGUUAAUAGAGAAUAUGGCCGCCAAUGAUAAUGAAGCUUACACUGAGAGAGCCCAUUCUCAAAAGAAGGGUAUUCUAGAGCUUCAAUCUCAAGAUGCUCUAUUGGCUCAAAACAAGAUUAUGACUCAGCAAUUGGAGACCCUGAUGAAGAAAUUGUCACAACUUCCUCAAGAGCUUCAAAAUGCCUCUGUAGCUCAACUCCAACAAGUGCAAAGUUGUGAGUUAUGUGGAGGAAACCAUACCAAUGGGCAAUGUGCUAUGCCAAGCACAUCUCAAGAGGAAGUUAGUUAUAUGGGCAAUCAAGGCCGAUCAGGGAACUAUAAUCAAGGAUGGAAACCUCACCAAAACAUGGGCCAAGCAGGACCCUCCAAUAGGCCCCCACAUCAACAAACUUACCAACAUCCCUCUUUGACUGACAGAACCUCAAAGCUUGAGGACAUGAUGCAACAGUUCUUGCAAAUGUCAAUUCAAAAUCAAAAGAACACUGAUGCAUCAAUAAAAAACUUGGAGGUGCAAGUGGGGCAAUUAGCCAAGCAAUUGGCUGAUCAACGAGGAAGUCCUUUUUCCGCCAACACCGAAGCCAACCCCAAAGAACAAUGUAAAGCCAUUUUCACUAGAAGCGGAAAGGAGGUUGGACUAGCACUGCAACAAAUACCCUCUUAUUCAAAGUUCAUGAAGGAGUUCCUUGGCAAAAAGAAGAAAUACAUAGAAGAGGAAACCAUUGAAGUGCAAGGGAAUUAUAGUGCCAUUAUUCAGAAAAAUCUUCCUCCAAAAUUCAAGGAUCCGGGUAGCUUCACCAUCCCCUGCACCAUUGGAAAUCAAGAUAUGGGGAAAGCUCUUGUUGACUUAGGGGCUAGCAUUAAUUUGAUGCCCCUAUCUAUGCUUAGAAAGAUUGGUGGUCUCGAAGCCAAGCCAACAAGGAUGACCUUGCAACUAGCAGAUAGCUCCAUCAAAUACCCUUAUGGCGUGGUGGAAGAUGUGGUGGUGCAGAUAGAUAAGCUCAAGUUCCUGGUUGAUUUUGUGGUGAUGGAAAUGGAGAAAGAUGAAGGGGUACCACUCAUUCUUGGGAGGCCAUUCAUGAAGACAGCCAAGGUUGUCAUCAAUGUGGAUGAGGGAACGCUGAAAUUGAAGGACCAAGAUGAGGAAGUGAAUUUCAACGUUUUUGAAGCUGUGCAAGAAUCAACUGAUGAAGAAACUAGUCUUAAGGCCAUCAAUGAAGUCUUAUCUGUGACUAGUAGACCGUGGCAAGCUUCUAAGUUGCUUGGAAAGUGCUCAAAUUGUUUCUCUGCAAAAGUGAAUGAAGAGAGGGAAGAGAAAGAUGAUGCUCUAGUUCACCACCACUCUUUGAUGGGGACUAAUGAACUUAGACUUGGCCAACCAAUUGUGAUGAGAAAGGAACAUUUGAAGAUUUCUCCUAGAAGAUUCAAGUCAAAUUGGGCAAGGCUAUGGGUUAUUAGAGACAUCAAAGUUGAUGGAAGAAUUGAAAUUGAAGCUCCUUAUUCUAGAAGGACUAAAUUGGUGACUAGUGCUCAAUUGAAGUUGUAUAGGUGUGAGGUUGGGAAGGAGCACACCAAAAGCACCAACCAAUCUUAA